AUGAGUGAUGAUAAUGAUGGUGGUGUUUAUGGUGGUUGUUACGGUGAUGGUAAUCAAGAUGGUGAUGGUGACGGUUGCGAAGGGCAUGAUUGCUAUUGUGAUGAUGAUGGUGAUGGUAAUGGUGAAGAUCAUGAUGAUGAUUUUUGUAAGGAUGGUGAUCAAGAUAGUUGGGAUGAUUAUAGUGAUGGUGGCGACAAUGGUGACUGUUUUUGUUGCAAUAAUGAUGAUAAUGAUGGUGGUGGUGAUGAUGGUUUUGAUUGCGGUGGUAAUGAAGAUGGUGGUGAUGGUGAUUGA